UUUGCAAUAUCAAAAUCACGGUGAUGCCUAUCCUGCCACCACCGCUGAACUCGCGGUUACUCGCCAGCGUCGCCGGCCCGCCACGUGUACGGCUCUGAUUGGACCGCCCUACCACGAGUCAGAAGAGGGGAGAGGAGCAAAGAGAACAACGACGAGACGAAUCGUUGGAGAAGCGAAGCGACGCUACUCGACCCAGCGUCCACGGCGAGCGCCCCCCGCCGGCGACGGCGACGGCGAGAGAUGCGGGCCCGAGCCGCCGACCACCUCGAGGCGCUCUCCCUGGAGAUCGAGCGCAAGCUGCAGAAGGCUCUCAACUCCAAUUCGCAACGUCUUCAGCUGCUGCAGCAGUUGUUUGCUGACAUCGCAUUGAAGGUGGAUGACCGCGCUCGAGAUGUGAUUUUAAGCACGAACGAUGAUGGUAUUGCUCCAGUAGAUGAGCGAGAAGAUACCCGGUUGUGCUUCUAUGAGAUUCUUGCUAACCAUUUUGUUAAAGUACCUGAAAGUGGGAGGCGUAUACUUGACUUGAUAGUGCAACUCUGGAGCCAGUCUUUUGCAGCGAACAUAUUUGCACUUCUUUUCCACAGAUGGUUAUUCGAAGUCCCUCUUGAUGGGAAGGAAGUAUCACUGAGAUACAGCUCUGCUCUUGUCCAAGGAGCUACUAAUGUUUUUUGGAUUGACAUCCAAACCAAUACAAGACACUUUCUCUCAUUAUAUAAUUAUCUCCUUGAAGAGGUUGCUUUAGUCCCAGAUCAACUGAGUAAGAUAUCAGUACAGGCUGGUAGAGGUCUUUUCCUCCUCCUCUCGAGAUUUAUGCUGUUCUAUGAUCAAGAUCACUUGCUUGCAAGUUUCCUUGAGCAUUUUCCUACUUUUCCAAAUUCUUUCUUGGUUGGUGGCCCUGCAGAUUACUAUGUAAUUGAACUCACUGAUCAGCUCCAGAAACUAAAAGUUGAACCUGUGCUUCUGCAUUACCUCUCCCGCUUGACCAUCCUUCAAGGAUUGGAAUUGAGGAUGAGUACAAGCACUAGACUGAAGGCUUGCCUUUACAGCUUCACUUCUCCUGGAGGUCCUACCUACCCUACACGAGCAGUAAGGCAUGCAGCCUGGAAUACACUGGAUCUGCUUUUUCCUGUUGGCCGAUAUCCAAGGCAUGUGAUAAGCCUGUUCUUUCGGCUUCUCUAUCCGUGGUACUGGCCUUCCUCUUGCUGGAACUUUAUUAUGACUUGCGUCAAGACUGUCUACUACUACAUCCUCAACCUAAUUGUCUCAAGCUGGGAGAACAUGAGACGGCCCAACCACCAAAGGAUGCAUAGGGACUGAAGAAAUGGCAGCCAAAUCAAAGGCUAGCAAUAGCAUCUUGUGUUGUUUUUGUUUUCCUUUUCUUUUUUGUUUUCAAGGGUAGCCUGGUAGCUCUUAUGUUUGUUCAAAUAACAUUUGCUGUAUAAAUUUGUCUGUUUGUUAUGCUGUUUACACGGGGGAUGGAGUGAGAAAAAAAAAGUAAUGCAAGAGAAAAGAAAGGGAAGCCUGCAAAUUUCAUCAGACUUUUCAGAUAGGAAAUUACAUUGUUCAGAUUUAGUAUAUGUCAAUAAUCAAUGGCCGAGAUUUUAGGAAGAGUCUCCAUAGAGUCCCUUUUGCAAUGCAGUGCAUGGUCUGUUGAGGUAGUUGAGCAGCAAAUGGCUAAUGUGCAGUUUGUACCUUGUGUUGUAAUACAACUAAGGGUCCAGGCAAUGAAUUGCUUAGGACCUCUGCACUGUAGCUGCCAUGAGCAAGAGUGAACUGUUUAUCUGUAGUCUGUACUGCACAUAAAUAGAUGAUUGUCUCUGUUUUGUUUUG